AUGAAAUUGUCAAUUUUUUUAAUAUUUUUAAUCAAUCUUGCAACGUGUUGGAAGAAAAAUGAAAUUGAUACAUAUUAUGGAAAAAUUGUUGGAUUUGAUGUUACAGUAUUAGAUGAAAAAGUGACACAAUUUUUAGGAGUCCCAUAUGCGCAAUCUCCAACUAUAUUUUAUAGAUUCAAGCAACCAUAUGAAUUAGAACAAAAUCGUUUUAAAAAACAACCUUAUUUUGCAGUUCAUAAAGCAUUAGGAUGUCCACAACAUACUAGAAUUAUGGGUUUUGAAGGAUAUGAUUCAUUAAAUCCAAAAGAGACAAGUGAAAAUUGUCUUAGAUUAAACAUGUGGGUUCCAAAAAAUGGAGAAAAAAUGCCAGUUAUAGUUUUUUUCCAUGGUGGAAGUUGGACAGUAAGAACUGGUAGUGCUGAUAAAUUUAAUGGAUCUGUUCUUGCUUUAAAAACAAAGUCAAUAGUUGUUGUACCUAACUUUAGACUUGGAUUUUUUGGUUUUGCUUAUUUAAGUGGUGAAGAUGGAAUAGAAGGUAAUAUGGGAUUAUUAGAUCAACAAAUGGUAUUAACAUGGAUUAAUAGAGUAAUUGAAAGUUUUGGUGGNACAUAUACUAACCGAUCAAUUAGAAUUUUAUCUGAUUUUAUUUUUGAUUGUGAACUUUCUAGAUUUGCAAUAACAUAUGCAAAUUUUUCUAAACAUAACACUUAUUUUUAUGAAUAUAAUAGACGAUCACCAAUUAAUCCCUGGCCAGAAUGGACUGGUGCAAUGCAUGGAGAUGAUUUAAUUGAUAUAUUUGGUAUUCCAUUUAGACAUCCUGAAAAAUAUAAUACAAGUAUUUUAGAACGUGAAAAAAAGUAUUCAGAAAAUGUAAUGUGGGCAAUAGGUAAUUUUACAACUUAUGGUAAUACAACAUCGGUAUGGAAUAAAUUAAAUGCUACUGAAUCUAAAGCUCUUGUAUUUAAUGGAGAAUUAGGACAACCAGGAAAAACACCACCUUAUACAAAUGUAACACCACCUACAUGUACUGAAUUUUAUAAGAUACUUGUUCAAUCCAUUCUACGGACUGCCCUUUCAAAUAUGUUGAAAAUGGCACAAAAUAAAUCACCAAAGUGA